ACUCACACCUUUAACACACUCUCUCACACUCACUCACACUCAGUCUCCGCUUCUCCUGUGGGCAAAAUGACCGAAGACGCCUCCGAGGUUCCCAAAGAGCUGCUCGAGAGCGUCAGGGAUGUUAUCGGGAGGAAGGUUAAAAUUGCCUUGAAGAAGAAGGUGAAAGUGGAGAUCAAAAGUGACAAGGUGGAAAAUAAAGUUUUGGUGCUCACAUCAUGCCGCAUUUUUCUUCUGACUGCAAGAAUCCCUACCAAGCUGGAACUCACUUUCAACUAUCUGGAGAUUCAAGGAGUAAGCUGUUGCAAGCCUGGGCAGUUAGUCAUUGAAGCUGAUCGAUGCUGUUUAUCCUUGAAGUUAACGUCUUCAGAAGAGGUGAAUGAAGUGGUGGGACUUCUGGGAUCUUGUCUCAAGAAGAUGCUUCCUGGUCACUCUCCAUUGAAGAUAAUGAAGAAGGUGACGAUGGAGCCUUCAGAGCGACUCGCUGCUUUGCAAGCAAUGUGGGAUGGUCAGAACGUUGCAGAACCAGGACCUUGUGGUGGGUUCUCCCAGGUCUAUGCCUUUGUCUGUGACUGGCUUGGGCUGCCGUAUAGGGAGGAAGUGCAGUGGGACGUUGAUACAAUUUAUCUAACACAAGAUACCAGGGAACUGAACUUACAGGACUUCAGCCAUCUGGAUCACAGAGAUUUGAUACCAAUUGUUGCUGCUCUUGAGUACAACCAGUGGUUCACAAAACUCUCCUCUAAGGAUCUUAAAUUGUCCACAGAUGUUUGUGACCAAAUUCUACGAGUUGUUGCCAGAUCCACACGUUUAGAGGAGUUGGUGCUGGAAAAUGCAGGACUCAAAACGGAUUUUGCACAGAAAUUGGCCGGUGCCCUAGCGCAUAAUUCCAGUUCAGGACUUCACACAAUCAACCUUGCCAAUAACCAACUGGAGGACAGAGGGGUGUCUUCCUUGAGCUGCCAGUUUGCCAAAAUUCCAAAGGGACUGAAACACUUAAACCUUUCUAAAAGCUCCUUGUCACCUAAAGGGGUGAACAGCCUUGCCCUGUCACUGAGUGCCAACCAGCUAAUUCCCAACUUCCUCACACAUCUCGACCUCUCAGGGAACCUGCUCCGUGGAGACGAUCUAUCGAACCUGUACAAUUUUCUGGCUCAGCCAAACACCCUUAUUCAUCUUGAUCUAUCAAACACAGACUGUGCGUUAGAUAUGGUCUGUGGAGCACUACUGCGGGGCUGUUGUCAGCAUCUGGCACUUCUUCAUCUAUCCAAGAGUAUUUUUUCUCAUAGGAAGGGGAAAGAAAUUCCUCCAUCCUUCAAAAUGUUUUUCAGCAGUUCACUGGCUUUAAGACACAUCAAUGUGUCUGGCACCAAACUCCCUCCAGAGGCAAUCAAAGCACUUUUACUUGGCCUUGCUUGUAACCCUCAAUUGAAGGAUGUUUCUCUAGACCUCAGCAACUGCGAGCUAAGGUCUGGUGGGGCUCAGAUUUUGGAAGGCUGUAUUGCUGAAGUCCAUAAUAUUUCAGAACUGGAUAUUUCAGACAAUGGUUUAGACUCCGAUCUUGCUACACUUAUGGUAUGGCUUGGCAAGAACAGAUCAAUUCGACAUCUGGCUUUAGGCAAAAACUUCAACAACAUUAAGUCCAAGAACCUUAUACCGGUCCUUGAUAACCUUGUACAGAUGAUUCAGGAUGAAGAAUCACCACUAGAAUCGCUAUCUGUAGCAGAUUCCAAGCUUAAGGCUGACUUGACGAUAAUCAUUAACGCUUUAGGCAGCAAUUCGUCCUUGACUAAAGUGGACAUCAGUGGGAAUGGAAUGGGAGACAUUGGUGCCAAGAUGCUAGCAAAAGCUCUGCAAAUCAACACCAAGCUCAGGACUGUAAUAUGGGACAAGAAUAACAUAACUGCACAGGGAUUCCAGGAUAUUGCUGUUGCUUUAGAAAAGAACUUUACUUUAAGGUUUAUGCCCAUCCCUGUCAAUGAUGCCUCCCAAGCUCUGAAGGCUAAUCCAGAAAAAACUGAGGAAGCAUUGCAAAAGAUUGAAAACUACCUAUUGCGAAACCACGAGACCAGGAAGUACUUGCAAGAACAGGCUUACAGAUUACAACAGGGCAUUGUGACCAGCACCACACAGCAGAUGAUUGACAGGAUGUGUGUGAAAGUUCAGGAUCACCUGAACUCAUUGAGAAAUUCUGAAGUGGAUACUGUGCAGGACGAUGUGCGGUUAGCUGAAAAUUUUAUGAGAGAUGCCAAAAACUCAAAGACGUUGCUGCCAAAUCUUUAUCACCUGGGAGGAGCUUCUUGGGCUGGAAUCAGUAUCUCAUCAUCCAACCCCAUUCAGGAAAAACUGGAAUCCAUGGCUGGAGAGGUCACUCGAGUCGUGGAUGAGCAGCUCAAGACGAUGCUGGAGUCCAUGGUGGAUGUAGCUGAGGGCCUGUGUCCUCACGUGAUGAAGAAAAGCAACAUGCGGCAGAAUCUAAUCGAGGCCAGCAAUGAGAAGGUUUCCAUUCCUCGCACCUUCGUCAAGAAUGUUUUACUUGAGCAAUCGGGGAUUGACAUUCUCAACAAAAUUAGUGAGGUGAAGCUGACUGUGGCGUCAUAUCUGUCUGACCAUAUUGUGGAUGAGAUACUAGAAGCACUUUCAACCUCACAGCACACACUGGCUGACCAUCUGACAAAGCGUGGAAAGCCAUUACCACAGCAGGAGUCCAUUGAAAUCGAGGUAUUGGAGGAGAAGCCUACAAAGCGAGCGACAGUUACUGCGGAAGAGCUGACGGAGCUGGAGCGGCUGGAGGAACUGGAUACCUGCAUGAUGACACCAAAAUCGAAGAGGAAAAGUAUCCACAGCAGAAUGCUGCGCCCAGUUUCCAGAGCCUUUGAGAUGGAGUUUGACUUAGAUAAAGCCCUAGAAGGCAUCCCAGUACAUCUUGAUGACUCCUCACCUGCUUCGGGUGUUUACAGCAAACACGAAAAGUCAACACGACCCAACAGCAUGAUGACAGAGCUCCCCUCAGAAGAGGGGAAAAAACUGGAACAUUACACAAAAACUAGACCUAAGAGAAACAAAAAAUUACCGCCGAGCAAGAUCGCUGUGAGUCCUCAGAAAACCAAAGAGCCAUUGUUUGAUUUCAACAACCAUGACACACUUCCCAUUUCUCUUUCUGCAGCAACAUCCCAGGACGGUGAACAGAACGGCCUUAUGGGAAGAGUUGAUGAGGGAGUGGAUGAAUUUUUUACCAAGAAGAUAACGCGAAUGGAAUCAAAGAGACUUUCUCUGAGGAGUUCGGAGUCCCUUGAUUCUGGCGAUUCAGAUGACAAAAAGAAAAAAGACUCCAAAAAAUAGUUUCUGAACUUAAUUAAGUCACGCUCCAGCAAAACUGAGCGGCCACAGACAGUGUCUGUCCCAGAGGAGCCCUCAUCACCAAAAGGAAUUAUGAAAAGUCCAGCCACAGAUCUAACAAAGAGGGAAUCGAAGCAAGGAGAACAGAACGGCAGUGCUGAGCACACCGAGGAGCACAAAACACCUGAUGCUGUGGAUGCUCCACUGGAUGAAGCUGGGAAGACGGACAAAAAUGAAACCAAGAGCAGCCCACAAGGUGGCCGUCGAUAUGGAGUGCAGGUGAUGGGCAGCGGACUGCUCGCUGAAUUUAAGGCUAAACAGGAAAAGCGAGCUGCUGUACAGAAGAAACUUGAGACUGAAACUGGAAACAAGGAAGGAUAUGAAAGUUUAUCGAGUACAGAGCGCCUGGAUGAUUCCAGUAAAGUCAGGAGUCAGAAAGGAGAUCCUACUUCACCAGAGAAGUUUAUGAAAACUGAACCAAAACCUGAAACCGUGAAAUCUAAGAGCUCCUCAACAACGCCUACAAGUCCAAAGCCACUGCCUCAAGGCCUCAAACCCACCAACGUGGGACGCCCCAGUAUUCCCCAAAAACCCAGGCCCAGUUGGAGUACAGAGGAAGGGCCAGAAUCACCAUCUGGUCACACUUCUCCAAAAGUUGCUCUGGUUCCACCAGUCUUAAGGCGAUUACCAUCAGAAAAGGAAGGUCAGAGCAGCCCUCCAUUCAGUGGCCCCAGCAGCUGGUCCUCUUCACAUGAAGAGCUAUUUGGAGCUGAUAGUAGAGCUGGUACAGAUCAUGAUUUUGAAAUGCCAAGCAGUGGAGCACAUAUGUUCAAAAGAACACUGAGGCAGUCAUCAACUGGUGCAGUGGAUGAUACAGGCGAGAUCGAGCGCAAGAAAUCACAGCUAAAGAAUGUACGCUCAAUCUCUUUGUCGGAGUCGUCUCCCAAACGCAGCCCACAUCCUGAGGAGAGCAAAGCAGGCAGGACAUCAGAGAGUCAGGAGAUGGUCGCAAAGGGAAAAGCAGCCGGGAGAAUCCGACAGCGAUCAAAGACUGAGGGCAAGAAUGAGAGCAAAUCCAGUGACUCUGGAGAGGAAGGAGAUAAGGAUUACAUAUUUGUAUAGCAUGUUUGUGUGGGCUGGUUGCACAGCACAGGAGCACAGACAGGGAUCUCAAGUAAUCGGGGUGUAAAGACUAUCUGAUCUGUUUCUAUUCACCAGCCAAUCAUUCUAUUAAUACUUUUUAAACUUUGUAAGCUGCACCUAGAUACCCAUCUUUCAAGCCAAUGAGCAAGAUUUUUAAAAAAACCUUUUUUGUUUGUUUAGACUGUGAUUUUUAUUUCCUGCCUAUAAGCGAUUCCCUCUGCUUUUUUGCCUUUAUUUUCAUCUGCAAAUGUUUUCCUUCUUCACUACCUCUCUUCCCUUGACCAUUCCCAAAUGAAAGUAAACAUUCAUGUUAGCAAAUGCCAGCAUUUUUUUUCUCAUUUACUUGAAUUGUGUAAAGGAGCUGUGAGAGAUGAGAUACACAUGUGGUACAAGGAUCUAUUAAGCCAAGCAAUCUGAACUGGAAAUCUUUUAGGGGUCUGCUUCCACCUUAUAAACAGCAGGCUAUGGUCUAACUGCUGUAUAUGUGUGCACGUGUGUGUGUGUGGGUGGGGUGUGUGUGUAUGUGUGUGCGUGCGCGUGUGUAUAAAAUGUGCACGUGAGAUAUAAUCCUGUAUACAAUCCUGCAAAGUAACGACUGAGCACACUAAUGAAACUAAUUUGUAUAAUUUAUUAUAAAUAUAACGGGGAACUUGGAUAAGGGUUUUUAAUGCUUCUGUUGGGGGGUGGGGUUUGAUCUCUCAAUGUACAGAUAGGGUUGUUCACUCAUUUUCCAUGAGCAUUGCCACAAGCACAAUGAACAAGAUGAAAAUGUGGGUUUGGUGAGUGUAACGUUUAAAGUUAUAAUGUGAAAAGGCUGUUUGGAAUAAGGAGUUUUUUUUUCAAUCAUCUUUGCAUUAUAUUUAAUGAUAUCUGAUGAUUUGUUCAAUCUACCCACUUUUACAUCUGAAAUUGUUUGAAUCGCUAUGCCUUCCUCUUUCUCUCCCCCCCCCCCCCCCCCCCCAGCCCCCCAGUGGCAUAUAUUUGCUUUCUGUAGGUUAGUUGAAAUGUAGAGGGGAUUUCUUCAUGUAUAUAUUUGUACCAAUAAAGAGAAUGAUUCUA